AUCUACGAUGCUUGUGUCAAGCGGUUGGUGGCUGGAGUACUGGAAGGUUACCACGGGACUGUGUUUGCUUAUGGUAUGACUGGUACGGGCAAGACAUACUCUAUGCAAGGUGUCUCUGAUUCGCCUGGUAUCAUCCCGCAAGCUGUGACCGAUAUUUUCCAGCAAAUUGAAGCCGACACCGCAAGCCGGUAUAUCAUUCGCGUGUCCUACCUCGAGAUCUACAACGAGCGCAUCAAGGAUCUACUCAAUGCAGAUGCAAGCGACGCAGAAGAAAUCAAGAUCAGGGAUGACCCGAAACGGGGCAUUCACGCCUAUCCUCUAACAGAAUUGACCAUCGGCUCUGCAUCUGAAUUUGCAAGCAUCAUGCAAAAAGGCGAUCUAGUCAGGCAUAGCGCAGCGACGGACUUCAACGCGCACUCGUCUCGCUCACACGCCGUGGUGCAACUCGUGGUGGAGUCAGUGCCAGCUUCACUCAGUUUGACCAUGUCAAAUGCCUCUGGUGUUGCCAAGAUCCGAACAUUGAAUAUGAUUGACCUCGCAGGGUCUGAAAAGGCAGCUUCGGAUGCUGAAAGGCGGAAAGAAGGGUCAUACAUCAACAAGUCUUUGCUGACACUGGGAACAGUCAUCGCAAGACUUACCAGCGGGAGUCAAGCCUCAUCUGCCCACAUCCCUUUUCGCGAUUCCAAGUUGACGCGUCUACUUCAGCAUGCUCUUUCUGGUUUGAGUCUGGUGAGUAUAUUGGCGACCAUCAACACUGACGUGCGGUACGUCAUGGAGACCACAAAUACGCUCAAGUUCGCCAGUCGUGCCAAGUUUAUCCCUGGCCGUGCCAAAAAGGCCGAGCUGUUUGGAGGUGAUGUCAAUCUGCUCGUGGAGAGCUUGCGUGUUGAGGUUGGCAGUCUCCGAAUUCAACUG